GGUAGUAUUAAUUAAGGUAGAAAUAGCAUUGAUAAUGUCAGUUACCAAGUUCCCACCUCUUCUUUCGGAAGAUGAUUUACAAAAAUAUAAAGUUCCAUUACGUUGGAGAGAUAGAUGUGCUGCUUACUUUUCUUUAUAUCAUAUAUGUCUUAUAAGACAAUCAGCCAAUUCAUCGGUUGAUUGUAAACAUGAUAAACAUUCCUGGGAAGAAUGUGAAAAUUUGGAUUUCAUCAGAAGACAACAAGAAUUAAAAGAAGUUAAAGAAAAGAGAAGAUCUGAAUUACAAAACUAA